UUCCAUGUGAUUAAAGUUUAUUAAAUUAAUCUUUACAAAAAAAGUUUAUUAAAUUAAGCAUCAAAGUUAGAAACCACUAACCAGCGUUUGACCGUCUCUAAGCUUCGCCUCGCCGGAAAAAAUGGCAGACCAAAAGGAAUCUCGACUCAUCGAUCCAAAGAGCGGUUUCUGCAAAUCAAACUCAACGUUCUACAGCAAGCGCAACCCAUUAACUCUCCCGCCUCACCGUUCCCUCGACAUCACGACCUUCGUCGCCUCUCUGCCUCACCGCGGCACCACCGCCUUCAUCGACGCCGCCACCGGAAACCGCCUCAGAUUCUCCGAUCUCUGGAGAGCCAUCGAUCAUGUAUCCGACUGUCUCUCAGACCUCGGCGUACGGAGAGGCGACGUCGUCCUCAUCCUCUCCCCGAACUCCGUCUUCUUCCCCAUCGUCUGUCUCUCCGUCAUGUCCCUCGGGGCCAUCGUCACCACCGCGAAUCCUCUCAACACCGCCGGCGAGAUCGCUAAGCAGAUCGGAGAUUCGUCCCCUGUUCUGGCCUUCACCACGAGUCAACUCGUUCCCAAACUCACUGGCGGCGACAUCCCUGUCGUUCUCAUGGAGACUGAUCCUCCUGCGGAGGAGACGCGCGGUGGAGUCAGGAUCGUGGGGGAUUUAGCGGAGAUGAUGAAGAACGAGGCGGAGCGACCGAGUGGGAAACGGAGAGUCAGGGACCGAGUCAACCAGGAUGACACGGCGAUGCUGCUGUAUUCAUCGGGAACGACCGGACCAAGCAAGGGAGUGAUGUCAUCUCACGGAAACCUAAUCGCACACGUGGCGAGAUUCAUAGUGCAGCCAUUGGAGAGAGAGCAGAUCUUCAUCUGCACAAUCCCGAUGUUCCACAUCUUCGGAUUUUUGAACUUUUGCUUGGUCUCAGUAGCGAUGGGAUUCACGGUGGUUCUCCUGCCGAGAUUCGAGCUCGACGACAUGUUAAUGGCGGUAGAGAAGUACAGAGCGACGACACUGCUUCUGGUUCCUCCGAUCGUAGUGGCGAUGAUCAACCGAGCAGAUUCGAUCAGAUCGAGGUACGAUCUGAGAUCCCUGAGAAUGGUGAAAUGCGGCGGAGCUCCGCUGAGCAGGGAGGUUGCGGAGGGGUUCGUGGAGAAGUAUCCGACUGUGGAGAUCCAUCAAGGGUACGCGUUGACGGAAUCGAACGGCGCAGGAGCAGGGAUAGAGACGGCGGAGGAGAGCCGGAGAUACGGAUCGGCGGGGCCGUUGUCGCCGGGCGUGGAGGCGAAGAUAGUGGAUCCUGAUUCGGGUCGGAUCUUGGGAAUCAAUCAGACUGGCGAGCUUUUGCUACGGGGACCUUCCAUUGCCAAAGGUUAUUUCAAAAACGAAGAAGCUACGAAUGCGGCAAUUGAUUCCGAGGGGUGGCUUCGAACCGGAGACCUUUGCUAUAUCGACGGUGACGGCUUUAUUUUCAUCGUCGAUCGUUUGAAAGAACUCAUCAAAUACAAAGGGUUUCAGGUUCCUCCGGCUGAACUAGAGGCUCUGCUACAUUCUCAUCCGGAUAUUCUUGACGCUGCAGUUAUUCCAUUUCCGGACGGACAAGCAGGACAAUAUCCGAUGGCAUACGUCGUGCGUAAGCAUGGGAGCGAUUUAAGUGGCGAACAUGUCAUCGACUUCAUUGCUAAACAGGUGGCUCCAUAUAAAAAGAUUCGGAGGGUGGCGUUCAUAGAUUCGAUACCAAAGAAUCCAUCCGGCAAGAUUCUUCGGAAGGACCUUAUCAAACUUGCGACAUCUAAACUGUAAACAAAUUUCAAAGAAUGAUGAAAUUGUAAUUUGCCCAAAAAAAAAGAAAUAACGAAAUGCAUGUGUAUAUUUGAUUGUAUAAUAAUGGCAAUGAUCUUUAGAUCAUCUACAUUGUGUUUAAACAUUAUCUUUGAAUCA